AUGACCAGUAAGAGAGGUGUGAGCCCCACCGACGCCAACAUGACCAGUAAGAGAGGUGUGGGCCCCACCGACGCCAACAUGACCAGUAAGAGUGGUGUGAGCCCCACCGACGCCAACAUGACCAGUAAGAGAGGUGUGAGCCCCACCGACGCCAACAUGACCAGUAAGAGAGGUGUGAGCCCCACCGACGCCAACAUGACCAGUAAGAGAGGUGUGAGCCCCACCGACGCCAACAUGACCAGUAAGAGAGGUGUGAGCCCCACCGACGCCAACACUCUCCUCCGGCAAUCUGAUAAGAGCGCCAGGUUUAUGGCUGGCCAAGUUUUACUUCCUAAAGUCACUCAAUCAAAACUUGCUACAACUUGGAGAGGGAAUCCCCAAGAGCCUGCGGGACACCCGCGCCCGCCCAAGAGCCUGCGGGACACCCGCGCCCGCCCAAGAGCCUGCGGGACACCCGCGCCCGCCUCAAGAGCCUGCGGGACACCCGCGCCCGCCCAAGAGCCUGCGGGACACCCACGCCAGCCCAAGAGCCUGCGGGACACCCACGCCAGCCCAAGAGCCUACGGGACACCCACGCCAGCCCAAGAGCCUGCGGGACACUCGCGCCCGCCCAAGAGCCUGCGGGACACCCGCGCCCGCCCAAGAGCCUGCGGGACACUCGCGCCCGCCCAAGAGCCUGCGGGACACCCGCGCCCGCCCAAGAGCCUGCGGGACACCCACGCCAGCCCAAGAGCCUGCGGGACACCCACGCCAGCCCAAGAGCCUGCGGGACACCCACGCCAGCCCAAGAGCCUACGGGACACCCACGCCAGCCCAAGAGCCUGCGGGACACCCACGCCAGCCCAAGAGCCUGCGGGACGCCCACGCCAGCCCAAGAGCCUGCGGGACACUCGCACCCGCCCAAAAGCCUGCGGGACACCCGCGCCCGCCCAAGAGCCUGAGGGACACCCACGCCAGCCCAAGAGCCUGCGGGACACCCACGCCAGCCCAAGAGCCUGCGGGACACCCACGCCAGCCCCAAGAGCCUGCGGGACACCCACGCCAGCCCCAAGAGCCUGCGGGACACCUGCGCCCGCCCAAGAGCCUGCGGGACACCUGCGCCCGCCCAAGAGCCUGCGGGACACCCACGCCAGCCCAAGAGCCUGCGGGACACCCACGCCAGCCCAAGAGCCUGCGGGACACCCACGCCAGCCCAAGAGCCUGCGGGACACCCACGCCAGCCCCAAGAGCCUGCGGGACACCUGCGCCCGCCCAAGAGCCUGCGGGACACCUGCGCCCGCCCAAGAGCCUGCGGGACACCCACGCCCGCCCAAGAGCCUGCGGGACACCUGCGCCCGCCCAAGAGCCUGCGGGACACCUGCGCCCGCCCAAGAGCCUGCGGGACACCUGCGCCCGCCCAAGAGCCUGCGGGACACCCACGCCCGCCCAAGAGCCUGCGGGACACCCACGCCCGCCCAAGAGCCUGCGGGACACCUGCGCCCGCCCAAGAGCCUGCGGGACACCUGCGCCCGCCCAAGAGCCUGCGGGACACCUGCGCCCGCCCAAGAGCCUGCGGGACACCCACGCCCGCCCAAGAGCCUGCGGGACACCCACGCCCGCCCAAGAGCCUGCGGGACACCUGCGCCCGCCCAAGAGCCCAAUAUGGAACACAUCAGGAAGUCUCAGGAAGUGUGUGGGUGUCAGUCUUGGCAAAAAGUCAGGAAGAGCUCAGCAGGAAACUACCGGCCGAUCACCUUGACACCACACAUGAGCAAGCUCAUGGAGAGACGCCUCACGGAGGGCAUCAUUCACCAUCUUUCAGUGAACAAUCUUAUACAAUCGAUAAAACAUGUCUUUGUUAAAAAUAGAUCCUGCCUUACAAACUUGCUCACAUUGUUGGACACGGUCACCAGCUACUCGAACAAUGGCCUUCUGGAGGAUGGAGUAUACAUGGAUUUGGCUAAAGCCUUUGAUAAGAUGAAACACAAAUUUAUGGUCAAGUGGGAAAUGAUAAUGAUAUUGAAGCCUUACAAAGAGUUCUACAUGAGCUCCACAAAUGAUCAGAAGACUAGCAAAUGCUUUUAA